GUUAGUGUUUUUGUUUUCACUUAAGUGCUUGUUUUGCUUUUCAUUAUUGAAGGACAUUGUGUUCCUUCAAAUUUGGCGUCUUAUCGAUAGAAUUUUCACCGCUCGCCUACGUAUUUAAUCUCGUGUUUAAUUAUAAUUCCAGACCUACCCUACCUCCGCCACUGGUUUAAUUUUAUUUUAGUUUCUAUUUAUUCUGCACACUUUACUAAAUUUUUGCGCCUUGAUUAUUCUUUCACAAUGCGUCUAAUGUGCAAAAGUUACAAUUUUAAUUGGUCUUAAUUUGUCGAUAUUAUUUGUUAAUUAAAGUGUUUGACUUUAAAUUUUUAAGUUGGGUUGUUGAUAUCAAAUUGGCAAUACAUAAUUAUGUAAGCUGACGUGAUGGCUUUAGGCGGUUUUUUUCGACGCCGUAAACGUAAUGAAUCGCAUAAGGGUAACUCACUGGGGGGUCCUCCGCCGCCUACGCUACUCAACAAAACAAAACUUACAACCGGUACCGUUCAAGGCCCCCUCAUCAAAAAGGAUAAAAGGCACUCAAGUUCGCGCUUCAACAUCACAAAAAAUCGUGAAUUGGAAAUGUUACCCCCAUUGAAAGAUACACCACCGGCCGAAAGAGAAGAGCUAUUCAUUCAAAAAUUAAGACAGUGCUGCGUUUUAUUCGAUUUUGCAACCGAUCCACUAUCAGAUUUAAAGUGGAAAGAAGUGAAACGUACGGCACUGCACGAAAUGGUAGAAUUUGUCACGCAGAACAAAGGUGUACUUUCAGAGGCUAUAUAUCCCGAAACAGUUAAUAUGUUUGCAGUAAAUCUAUUUCGUACGUUGCCGCCAUCCUCGAAUCCAAAUGGAGCAGAAUUUGAUCCGGAAGAAGAUGAACCGACUUUGGAAGCUGCGUGGCCCCACCUUCAGUUAGUUUACGAAUUAUUUUUACGUGUACUAGAAGCGUCCGAUUUCCAACCUAAUAUAGCGAAACAUUACAUAGAUCAAAAAUUUGUGUUAAGUUUGUUGGAACUAUUCGAUUCGGAAGAUCCGCGCGAACGUGAUUUAUUAAAAACGACGUUACAUAGAAUUUACGGAAAAUUUUUAGGGUUACGAGCUUUUAUACGUAAACAAAUUAAUAACGUAUUUUAUAGGUUUAUAUACGAAACUGAACACCAUAACGGUAUUGCCGAAUUAUUAGAAAUUUUAGGUUCAAUUAUUAACGGUUUCGCGCUACCACUAAAAGAAGAGCACAAAGUGUUUUUGCUUCGCGUUUUAAUGCCGUUACAUAAAGUUAAAUCGCUUUCGGUAUAUCACCCUCAGUUGGCGUAUUGUGUAGUUCAAUUUCUGGAAAAGGACCCUUCACUUACGCAACCGGUUAUACGCAGCCUUCUAAAGUACUGGCCAAAAACACACAGUCCAAAGGAAGUAAUGUUUCUCAAUGAGUUAGAAGAAAUUUUGGACGUAAUAGAGCCGGCCGAAUUUCAGAAAGUAAUGGAUCCUCUAUUUAAACAGUUGGCAAAAUGCGUAAGCUCUCCUCAUUUUCAAGUUGCAGAGCGAGCAUUAUAUUACUGGAAUAACGAGUAUGUGAUGUCUUUGGUUGCCGAAAAUGCGACCGAAAUUUUACCUAUGAUGUUUCCAAGUUUAUAUCGUAACUCAAAGAGUCAUUGGAAUAAAACAAUUCACGGACUGAUUUAUAAUGCUCUCAAAUUAUUCAUGGAGAUGAAUCAGAAGCUAUUUGACGAAUGCACGCAGCAAUACAAACAAGAAAGACAAAAGGAACGAGAGCGACAGCAUCAACGUGACGAGUUAUGGAAUCGUGUCGAAAAUAUGGCGACGCAGAAUCCUGGCUAUGAUAUAAUUUUGGCUCAAAAUUUAAGCAUGGUUAAUUUGUCAAACAGUCCAGAACAAGACGAAGAUCUUACGUUAGAAAUUUUAGAAAAGGAGACUCAGGAGGUACGUAAGGGAGGCCACGUAAUUAAGCAGAUAGUACGUCGUAAAUCGGAAUUACCUCAAGAUGUAUAUACAAUGAAAGCCCUUAACGAUCACAAGCGAGCUGAUGAAUUCCUCGUCACCCCACCCGAUGUAAACAAGUGCUAGUCUUAUGUCAUCAUGCCUACAUCUUAGAAAGCUUAGUGCCAACAACUUUGCACUUGUCGCAAGAAUUUUUUUAUGUUUUUAUUCGGGUUCUAAGUGAAAGUUUACACUUUUUAUAUCGUUCUGCAACCCUUUUGUUUAUAGACUUAGAGUAAUAGCAUAUUUUCUUCUUGUAAAAUAUUCCAGUUUUUUUUAUUGUUGAGCCUUAUAGAGUCUAAAUAUGGCAAAUGCGCACAUGUGUUAUUUUUUAACCUUUCACAAUAUUUUAGAUCUGGGCACUUCUUACCGUAUUCCCUUUAAAAUACUCGUAGUACGUUUUUUGUUUGUUUUUUUAAGUUUCAGUUAGUACUUAAGUACAUGAUGUUGAUCAUUACAUUUAAGUACGUUCUUAAUGUACAGGAAUAAAAAUGUGAUUCUAAUUAAUUUAAUAUGUACGGCACUUGCUUUGGAUGUAUGUUAAUAAUGAAGGCAUGUUAUAAUUUACAAAGAAACAGUAUGCUAAUAUCCAAUACAUUCAAUAAUUAGAAUAAAGUACGUAUACAUUAUUUAAGAAUGAAAUGGUUGUGUAAAUAUAGAAAUGGUGUUAAUAAUAAUUAUUAUUGUCUACA